ACAUGCUGAACUUCAUCCUGUUGAAUGCUCUCGCAACCCUGGUUCUGACUGAGGACCGGGUGUUCCAGCCCAGAUACCUGGAAAAUGUACCUCAGACCAGAGUUGUUGGUGGUGAGGUCGCCUGGCCCCACUCCUGGCCCUGGCAGGUCUCUGUCCAGUUUCAAAAACCUGGUCCUAUCAAAACCUGGAUACAUGACUGCGGAGGUUCGCUGAUCAGGAAGACAUGGGUCAUGACAGCCGCCCACUGUGUGGACAACCCGAAAACUCGUCGUGUGGUUCUUGGAGCGCACAACCUGGACAAGGAAAACAGUUUGGAGCAGAUCAUGCCUGUCAGCAGCGUCAUCAUCCACCCUCAAUGGAACAGAAGAAACAUCAGUGCAGGGUUUGACAUCGCCCUGAUUCCUCUGCCCACUGCUGCCACCCUGAACUCUGCUGUCCAGCUGGCUGUACUCCCUCCCUCUGGUCAGAUCCUGCCCAACAACUACCCCUGUUACAUCACUGGAUGGGGACGCACCUCCUCUAACGGUCCUCAAUCCAACCUCCUGAAAGAGGCUAGGCUGCCCAUCGUCGACCACCAGACCUGCUCCAGACCUGACUGGUGGGGAUCCAGUCAUAUAAACACCUUGAUCUGUGCCGGUGGAGGAUCUGAUUCUGGUUGCAAUGGUGACUCUGGCAGCCCCCUGAACUGCCAGGUGGAGGGGAGGUACUACGUCCAUGGGGUGACCAGCUUUAUUUCUGGUGCUGGCUGCAACACCUUCCAGAAGCCCACUGUCUUCACCCGUGUGUCUGCCUACAUUGACUGGAUAAACAACAAUGCCCGUUAAAAUGGAACGUGGUUUUACAAACAUAGACUACUGAAGACAAUGUUCAGUGUUCAAUAGUCAAUAAAGUAUCACAUUUACAG